AUGACGGAAACUAGAAGAAUACAGCUUCACCUUGGAAAAUGUAUAGAGGAUUUGGAUAAACUGUACAAUUUACCAGAUUUGAAAACAAAAAGAGCUACAUUGUUAUGCAAAUCAGCUCAAAAGCUGUUUGAUAGUGCUGAAGAGGCUUACAAAAACGGCGAUGAGGAGUACUCGUAUGUCUAUUAUAUGAAAUACUUGCGUAUUAUUGCUUUUAUCACCAAAGAUAAGGAGUACCAGAAAGACAAGUCUUACUUCAACAACAUGCUUGGUUCUAAAAAUCCAAACAAGGCAAUUGAUGCUGCUGAGAAAUUAAAAAACAGCCUCAUAGAAAGAAAGUCGGCCAAUAUGUUGGAGCAGGGCUUGCCUCCUGCUUCCAAGCCGGUUUGGGCCGAGCGGGCUUCCAUGGAGCUAAUUGUGAUGCUGGACUGGAGCAGUACUGCGGUCAUACCUGGGAAGACGUUGCAUCUGCUCAAAACUAUACUGCUCAAGGGCGGAGCCGCCCCGCCACUAUACAGACCUGGACGAUAUGCUUGGUCAGUAUCUAUUGAGGACCCCGCCCUCACCACCAACCCCAGGGCGGAGCCGCCCCGCCACUAUACAGACCUGGACGAUAUGCUUGGUCAGUAUCUAUUGAGGACCCCGCCCUCACCACCAACCCCAGGGCGGCCCCGCCCCGCCACUAUACAGACCUGGACGAUAUGCUUGGGCGGCCCCGCCCCGCCACUAUACAGACCUGGACGAUAUGCUUGGUCAGUAUCUAUUGAGGACCCCGCCCUCACCACCAACCCCAGGGCGGCCCCGCCCCGCCACUAUACAGACCUGGACGAUAUGCUUGGUCAGUAUCUAUUGAGGACCCCGCCCUCACCACCAACCCCAGGGCGGAGCCGCCCCGCCACUAUACAGACCUGGACGAUAUGCUUGGGCGGAGCCGCCCCGCCACUAUACAGACCUGGACGAUAUGCUUGGUCAGUAUCUAUUGAGGACCCCGCCCUCACCACCAACCCCAGGGCGGAGCCGCCCCGCCACUAUACAGACCUGGACGAUAUGCUUGGUGACAUCGAAUACCCGAAUUGGUCGGAACUAAGCCCAGUGGCGCCGCCUGCCAUCCCACGGCCGAAACCUGGAGAACCUGUAGUCGACAGGGCUAGCAAGGUAGAUACCACUUUAUUCCUAAACUAA